UGAAAGAAGAAAAGGAACCUAAGGGUAAAGCUAACAUUUCAGAUACCAAAGCUCUUGCUUAGAAGGAUUUAGCCCAACCUUUGCCUCUUCAGGACUGUCAUUUUAGUCCUAUCAAAUUCUAAUGAAUAAAUUUGAGAUGAGAAUAAGACAUUACGAUUAGAAGUUGCCAACUAUUGUCAUUGCUUCAAGUCAUAGUCUAAGACAUUAAGCCUGAUCUGAUGAAAUCAACACUUUGUACAAAUCAUCUAAAAAUAAGUGGUAUCUUCCAGGAUGUUAUGUUAAGAAUGCUAUAAAAUACACACCAAAAUGAUUGGUCUAACCCCUAGCAAAUUUAUUCUGUCUAUGCUAAUGAUCCUUUCAGGUCCGAACCAUUUUAGGCAGCUUUGCUAUUUUAAACCAGCUAGUUUACAACUUCUCUAAUUUUUCUGUAUGAUCUAUAAGCAAUUUUAGAGGAUGCUAAAAUUUCAAAAUAUUAUCAUUUUCUGUAAAAAACAAGUCUUAGAGUAUACCCAAAUUGAUUGCAUUCAUCUUAGGUAAUUGGCAUAAUCAAAUGCUUUAAUUGUUUGAUGUACUAAAUAAGUUACUAAAGUAGGACCUACAGAUAGCCCAGACAUUCCGACAGAUAGAUGGAAUGCUCAAGAACACUAGAUGUUCUCUGAUUGUAUGAACUCAUCCAUAUCUAGGCAUUAAAAAUAUGGGAAAAACUGUCCCGAGCUAAAAAAGUGAGUGCCAUCUCGGACAGGUAGUCAAGUGAGAGGUUAUGCUCAUAACUAUUUCAACAAUAUCCAGAAAGAGUUCAAUCCCUCAAAUCCUGGAGAUUGCAUCAUGCAAGGGCAAGAUCCGAGCAAAAAUCAAAUGGAAUCCCAAAAAAUUACCUCUAGUUUCUCCAACUCAAAACCAAGAAGAUGAAUGAAGGACGAUCAGUAGUCACUCUAAUCAGCCCAACAGUGUUAGAAGUCAGAACAAUCUUAACCCUUAUGAAAGACUAAAGCGAAAAUAGGAUGAAUAAAGAUAUGUCCUAUAACCUAUCUUCCGCACAGAGACUUCGACCUUCGAACAAAUACUUUAAAGAUCAGAGUGGUGACCCCCAAGAUACUUCUACUACUCUUGAAGCUGCAUAUGUUUGACUCAAUAAAGGUGAGGUUUCUAUUCGAGCCAAUGAGAUCGAGACUGUGGUUCCUUGAGAUAUAGAGAAAAGAGCUCUUCCUAGUGGAAUGCCAAUCACUAGGAUUUAUCCAAAUCAACAGGUAAACAUCUUGAUUUUGCCUAUGUAGACCAAAUCAAGUGACAUGGUCUUCUAUCACGAAACUAAAGAGUUUAAUGAAUCAGCUAAAAAUGAUCAACAAAGAUGCCAGUCGAGCUUCAUGGCUCAGCUCAGUCCCUUCCAUCAAGGCCUGAUUCGAACAUUAGGUGAACUGUAUUGUCUCAGAGAAUAUAAAGUAAACUGAUUUGAGAAUUCUGACGAGCAACAAAAUUUUCUUAUCAAUAGCACUAUUGCUCAGAAUGGAGAUGUGAUUGAGAGCUAUCUGUCAUCCUCUUCUAACCGAGACUCUAUUGCUCUUACUAGUCAGAACAAUUCCAAUGGUUCCCAAAAAGUGUAUCUAAAUGAGGAUAAUAAAAACUUUUUCGGAAACCUCUUAAUUCCCAGAAAAUAUUCAAAUUCAGAUAAAAUAGAGCACAUAUUAUAAACUCUCAUCUUAUUUGAAACCCCAUGAAUUUCUUUAAACCACAAAAGCAAUAUA